CCGCGGCCUAUCAAUUUCCACAACAAUUUCGUUAGUCUGAACCGUAACCUUGAAAAUCUUCAGACUCUCUUGCACGAAUUAGACUUUAAUUUCAAUAUUGUUGGAGUAACGGAAACAAACGUCACUUAUCCUUAUCCACAGAUAUUUAUAGCAAGGAUACCAGGCUACAUAUUUGAAUAUGUUCCAACACCCCUGACGUAAGGAGGCGUAGAAAUUUUAAUUGAUGAGUCUUUUAACUUUCGCGUCUUAGAUGUGUUUUGCAUUUUCACAAAGUAAAUAAGACAAUAAACAAGCAUGCACCUAGAAAAACAAUUUCCAACUGUAUAAAAGCAAAAAAACUCUCCAAACCAUGGAUUACUAAGGCUUACGAAUAUCCAUUAGAAUCAAAAAUAAACUUUAUGCAUCUGGUGAAGUGUAUUCACUUCACCAGAUGCAUAAAGUAA